AUGAGUAAAUAACAACAGAAAGAGUCAAUACGUAUUCAUUAAAUAAGCAAUUUUAAAAAUAAAAAGGAAAUGAUGGAUUAUGCAAAUGCUGAAUCUCAAAAGUUACAAGUAGAAUAAUUUUAUCAUAUAGUCAAAUAAAAAAGAAUUAACAAAAGUCAUUGGUAGAUCUUAAGGAGGCUAACAUCGAUUAUAAACUAAUAUAAAUCAGACAAAAAUUUAAGAAAAUAAAAAUUAUUAAAAAAAGAAUGUUGAAGAUUCUCAAAAUAAAUUGUAGAAUUAUACUUCAGUUUUUAUAGAUUCAUUCAAAUCUAUGAUUCUACAAAAAUAUCAAAUAAAAUAUUUGGAUUCAAUUAAUUUAUCUUCACCUAGAGUUCAAAAGUCUCAUGUAAGUUAAGAAUUUUCAAUAUAAAAAAUGUACUAUUAAUUAUAAUACUAUUAGAAGCCAAAAUAAUAUAAUUCAAAGUGAUAGAUAAUUUAGGAAAAUAGUAGUAAAAAAAUAAACAUAAUAUAAAGAAUAAUAAUAAUUAGAGUUAUUGUAAUAAUAAAAAAAUUAAGAAAAAGAAUAAAUUUAAAAGCAGAUUGAAAAUGAAAGUAUGAUCUUCAAUUCAUAAAACUAAGAAUUACAAUUAAAAAAUAUAAAAAUGAUAGAAUAUUAAAGAAUACUUAGAGAAACAAUUGAAUAGUUGAAUUAAUAAAUAUAAGAAUAAAAUCCAGAUUUCAAUAUCAAACUAAAAAAUGAAUUUCUUUAAAAAAAAAUUAAUACUUUGAAUAACAAGAUAGAUAGAAUUCAAUAUAAUAUUGUAUAAGUUGAUGAUAAUUUCGAAACAUAUGUUAAAAAUCUGAACAAUAAAUUAAUAAAUUUAGAACAAUAGCUCAAUGAAAAUAAGCAAUGUAUAUUAUAACAAACUAAUGAUUAAUCAAAAAAAGUAAUUAGCAGACAACAUAAUUUAGAAAAAUUUAAAUAAUAAAAUGGAAAAUAAUAGCCAAAUUCUUAACUUGAAGAAUUAACGUAAACUUAUAAGUAAGAGAAGUAAAAACUUGAUUAAGAAUAUACAAAUAGUGAGAAAUUUUAUCAAGAUCAAAAAAAGAAUUUCUUAAAUGAAUAGGAUUAAAUGAAAAGACUAAUUAGAGAUUUUGAAUAAGAAAUUUAUAAAAAUAAAAUACUUGAAUAAAAUCUUACAAGUAAACUAAAUUUACUAAAUAUUUACUCUCAAUAAUUGUUAGAAUGCGAAAAGAAAUAAUUUAAUACGGAAGAGUAAAUUCGAUAGAUCUAAUAAGAAUAUCAAAAUAUAAUUCUAUAACAUCAAAAUCAAAUAACUAUUUCUGAGAAAUAAUUAAUUGAAAUAAAAGAAUAAAUAAAAAAUCUACCUUAUUUAGAAAAAGUCAAUUCCUAAUCUGCUAAAACUGAAUUACUAGUGACAAUUCAUAAUUUAGAUCAAAAUUCUAUAAAAAUAUAUGAACUCAUUGAGCUGUAUAAAAAUAAUAGUCUUGAAAAAGAUCUAUAAACGUGUGAUGAAAUUAUCAAUAUAAAUUAUGAAGAUGAAACCAUACUGAGAUUAGAAUUGUUUAAAAUAACCUUUUACAAAACUUCGAAAAUCAGAAAUUUGCUUUAUUAAACAAAAUGGAUAACUUAAGAAUCACUUAAAUCUUUAGAUUAGCUUAAUAAUAAUAGUUAAGUAUUUAUUGAAGAAAAUUAACAAAAUUCUUUUUAUUUAACAAGCGAUUUGAUUAAUGGUUUCGCUGAAUACUUAUAGAUGAAAGAUGAAGCAUAUUAUUUUAAAUUGAAAAGUAAUUUAAGAUUAUUCUAUCCAAGACUAUGUAUUUUACCUAGUUGUUUUUUAGAAGAAUUUAGAUAAUACUUUAAAUAAAAUAAGAAUCUUUGUAUAAAAUUAAUUAUAGAUUAUUUUGAAGAUUUUCAAGCAAUUUAAUAUCAAUUUUAAAUUAUUUAUUAAAAAAUUGCAUUUAUAAUUAAAGAAGGCUCACUUUAUUAUGUAAUCACAGUAGAUUUAAAAAAUCUAUUAGUUAUANUAAGUUGAUGAUAAUUUCGAAACAUAUGUUAAAAAUCUGAACAAUAAAUUAAUAAAUUUAGAACAAUAGCUCAAUGAAAAUAAGCAAUGUAUAUUAUAACAAACUAAUGAUUAAUCAAAAAAAGUAAUUAGCAGACAACAUAAUUUAGAAAAAUUUAAAUAAUAAAAUGGAAAAUAAUAGCCAAAUUCUUAACUUGAAGAAUUAACGUAAACUUAUAAGUAAGAGAAGUAAAAACUUGAUUAAGAAUAUACAAAUAGUGAGAAAUUUUAUCAAGAUCAAAAAAAGAAUUUCUUAAAUGAAUAGGAUUAAAUGAAAAGACUAAUUAGAGAUUUUGAAUAAGAAAUUUAUAAAAAUAAAAUACUUGAAUAAAAUCUUACAAGUAAACUAAAUUUACUAAAUAUUUACUCUCAAUAAUUGUUAGAAUGCGAAAAGAAAUAAUUUAAUACGGAAGAGUAAAUUCGAUAGAUCUAAUAAGAAUAUCAAAAUAUAAUUCUAUAACAUCAAAAUCAAAUAACUAUUUCUGAGAAAUAAUUAAUUGAAAUAAAAGAAUAAAUAAAAAAUCUACCUUAUUUAGAAAAAGUCAAUUCCUAAUCUGCUAAAACUGAAUUACUAGUGACAAUUCAUAAUUUAGAUCAAAAUUCUAUAAAAAUAUAUGAACUCAUUGAGCUGUAUAAAAAUAAUAGUCUUGAAAAAGAUCUAUAAACGUGUGAUGAAAUUAUCAAUAUAAAUUAUGAAGAUGAAACCAUACUGAGAUUAGAAUUGUUUAAAAUAACCUUUUACAAAACUUCGAAAAUCAGAAAUUUGCUUUAUUAAACAAAAUGGAUAACUUAAGAAUCACUUAAAUCUUUAGAUUAGCUUAAUAAUAAUAGUUAAGUAUUUAUUGAAGAAAAUUAACAAAAUUCUUUUUAUUUAACAAGCGAUUUGAUUAAUGGUUUCGCUGAAUACUUAUAGAUGAAAGAUGAAGCAUAUUAUUUUAAAUUGAAAAGUAAUUUAAGAUUAUUCUAUCCAAGACUAUGUAUUUUACCUAGUUGUUUUUUAGAAGAAUUUAGAUAAUACUUUAAAUAAAAUAAGAAUCUUUGUAUAAAAUUAAUUAUAGAUUAUUUUGAAGAUUUUCAAGCAAUUUAAUAUCAAUUUUAAAUUAUUUAUUAAAAAAUUGCAUUUAUAAUUAAAGAAGGCUCACUUUAUUAUGUAAUCACAGUAGAUUUAAAAAAUCUAUUAGUUAUAAUUUAUAAUUCUAUUCCUAAACCAUCAUAAUAAUAUUAUGAGCUUCAGCUUUGCUUGAAUUUUUUAUUUAGUAAACUUCUUAAAGAAAAUAUAUAGUUUUAAUUACAUGUGAGUCCUACAUUUCCAAUUUAAUCAGAUCAAUAUGAUGAAAAUCUAACAGGUUAUUAUGCUUGCAUUGCUCUUUAAUAUUUUAGUAAGAAUUAAAUAAAUAAAAAUUAUUUGGAAAUUAAAGAUAUCACAUAGUAGAUUGGAUAAAUUAACCUUAAAAAAAAUAUAUAAUCUAGAAUCUUAUAGAGAGAAUAAUUAGAAAGAAUAUUGGAUAUUAAAAAUUGA